UCCCCGUGUCCUCCCCCAUCCCGGGGUCCCGCCGCGCCCCGCGGUGCCGGGUAUUCUCGGGCGGUAACGGAUCAACAUCGGCCGCACUGUUAUUGCUGGAGAAUACGCGGAGCCGAGGGGACGCCCCCGCCUCGGGACCCCGGGAACCCCCCGGGACCCUUCGGGACCCGUGAGAAACCUGGGAACCUUCAGGACCCCCUGAGAAACCCUGGGAACCUUCGAGAUCCCGGAAAAACUUGGGAACCCCCCUGGGACCCUGGGAACAAACGCAGAGCCGAGGGGAUGCCCCCACCUCAGGACCCUCAGGGGAGACGUGUGUACCCUCGUGUGACCUUCGUGUGACACAUGUGUACCCUCAUGUGACACAUGUGACCUUCAUGGGACACGUGUGCACCCUCAUGUGACAUGCGUGUCCCCUCGUGUGACCCUCAUGUACCCACAUGUGACCUCCCAAUGUGCAGGGUCACAGCAGAGCCCAGAUCACAUCACCACACGUGAGUUUGUGCAUGUGUCUGUAUGUCUGUGCAUGUUCAGAGCACACGUGUGUGCAUGUGCCCAGGGUAAGUGAGCACAGGUGUGUGUGCACGAUGACGGGUUUGCACAAGGGUGUGUUCCCACGGGCGUGGGUGUGUCCGUGUGCACACGAGGGUGGACUUGCACGAGGAUGGGCGUGUCCGGGUGUGUCCGUGGGCGUGUCAGUGGGCGUGUCCGAUGAGCGAUGGACAGUUCCACCUGGCCGCGCCCGCGCGAAAAGGGGCGGAGCCACGGCUGUCACUAGGAGACAGGACAGUGCCGGAUUGGCGGCACGAGCGGCCAAUGGGAACCGCGCUAGGGCGGGGCGGCGGGAGGGGCUCUGAGGGGAGAUCUGUCAUGAUUGGCUGAGAGGUGGCGGGCGGGAACAACGCCGAGGGGAACUCCGCCCUGAUUGGCUGAGGUGCGCGCGCCGUCGUGGGUGGGAACAUGGCUGAGCGGAUCUGUAAUCGGAUUGGCCGAUCCGCCGUGGCGGGAACAGCGCCUAGAGGAAGCCCCUCUCCAAUUGGCCGAGCGCGGCCGAGAAGCGCAGCUGAUAGGCUGAUUGCUCUUUGCCGCCGUACCCGCGCGCGAUGGCGGCGGCGCUGGAGCGGGCGCUGGGCUCGGCGGGGCCCGGGACGGGCCCGGUGCCCGGCGUGCCGGAGGUGUCGGAGCCGGUGCUGGUGCUGGGCCCGGCGGGCUCGGGCCGCACGGCGCUGCUGCUGCAGGCGGCGCUGGCGGGCGGCGCCCAUGGGCCCCGCGUGCUGUUCCUGGCGCCCAGCGCGGUCCCGCGGCUCCCGAACGGCGGCGGCGGAACAGGCACGGACUCCAGAGCGCUGCAGCGCCUGGAGCUGCGUUACCCCCGUUCCCGGGGGUCCCUGUGCCGUGAACUGGGGGCUCUGUCCCUGCACCCCCCGACCUGCUACUGCUGGACGGGCUCGAGUGGUACUUGGGGGAGUCCCGGGGCGCUGCACCCCCUGGCCACGCUGCUGCUGGAGACCACCCGCCCCCCCCCCCGGGGCCACCCCCGAACCUCCUCCCAGGUGGUGGCGGCGCUGCGCCUGCCCCCCCCGCCCCCCACGUGCUGCCCACCCUGCGAAGGUUCUUCCCCCCGCUGCCUCCUGAGCCCCCGGCCCGGGGGGCUCGUAGGGGUCCGGCUGAGCCGCCCCGGGAGGCCCCCCAGCACUGGAGGCUCCGCUUGGACUCCCACGGGGAGGGGGGCAAGGAGGAGCAGGAGGGCAGUGACACGGAGGAGGAGUGGGGAUGACACCCCCCCCGGCACGGGGCACAUGGACUGAUGUGACACACCCCCCCGGUGGGUGACAAGGACUUGAUGUCACCCCCAAAAUGGGUGACAUGGACCCGAUGUCACCCCUCCCGCAGGUGACACAAACCACACGUCACCCUGUCCCUGAACGCUUUGGGGUGGCCCUGCCACCGUCCCCCGUGACGUGGGGGCACAGGCGGUGACAGGGCUCCAGGUGUCCACUGGGCCCCCCGGUGCCAUCUGGGGGCUCCUGAUAAGGGUUAUCAGCCCCCCCCACCCGGCCCUGAGCACCCGCCACCCCCAGGGCCCCAUGUGUCCCCAAGUGCUGCUCCAAGCACUCCCAGUUCCUCCCAGUGUCUCCCCAUUGCCCCCCAGUGCUCUCCCUAUUACCCUCUGGUGUCCCCCAGUGCCCUCCCAGUGUCCCCAUUGCCCCCCCAAUGUGUCCCAGUGCUCUCCCAGUUACCUCCUGGUAUCUCCCACUGUCCCAGUACCCCCAGUGUCCCCAGUCUCCCAUCCCAGCGCUCCCAGUUCCCCCCAGCGGGUGGGGCCGGCCAUCAUUUAUUGUGUAUUUACUGUACAUUUAUUGUCCAUUUCCAGUAUAAAAACAUUAAAAACCCAAAGCACAGGAAA